GAUAAUAAAAUAAAUAAAAUCCGAGAAAUUCAAACAAAAAUGGCGUUCGCAAGCUCUAGAGUGGUGCUGGUGCGAGCAUCAUGGGACACUCAGCAAAGAUUACCUUACAACCCCAACACUCCUCGCAAAAUCAAGAAAAAAACCAACUCCAACUCUCUCUCCUCGUCUUCAAUUUCAACCUCUCAAAAUAAUCAGAGCCCCCGUUUGCAGAUUGAUGUUGACGAGCUUCUCAAGUUCAACCCUAUAACCCCUAGCCAAGUUAACUCGGAGGAGCCGGCAUACCUGGGUUAUGAGAGAUGGUUGCCAAGCGCACCGAAGGUGGAGAAACCUCGGUCUACUCAUAAUGCGGCUUCCUUGGCAUAUAUUGGAGACUGUAUAUAUGAGUUGUAUGCUCGGAGGCAUUUUUUAACACCUACACUGAAUAUUGAGGUAUACAACGAUCGUGUGAUGGCAGUAGUACGGUGUGAAGCACAGGAUGCCCUGCUUCAGAAACUUAGAAAUGAGGACUUUUUGUCAGAAGAAGAAAGGGAUAUUCUACGGUGGGGAAAGAACAUUGCCUCAUCUAAAACACGAACUACAAAACGUGCUGGUGUAGCAGUUUAUAACAGAGCUUCAUCUUUGGAAACACUGAUCGGCUACCUUUACCUGACCGACCCAAUGCGUUUGGAGGAUAUGAUGUCAAAACUUGGAUUCGCAGUGGGUGUUUCCAGCCAAUCAAUUAUUGGGAGUGUAAAUGCGGAGUUGCACAACUUGAAGCAAAAGAAACCAAAAGAGAAGACACGUUUGCUAAGCCGGCCAACAAUAGUACCGAGCAGCCUUGAUGUAGAGAAAGCAUUGAAAGAAAACGAGGUUGACUUGAUAGCGUAGAGACAUCGACAAUAAUCAGCUAAAUUAUGACUUGAUUUAAUUGGUUAUCUUAACACAAACAAUUCUAAAAUUGGUUCGAAGAUGGCAGAGGAGUGUAUAGUUUGCUGGAUAUAGGUUAUGUAUUCGUUCUCGAUCGAACUCAAGUUAUAGGUCUUAGUUUCAGAUAUAAUCUGGAAUCAGGGUAUGUAUUUGUUUCCAAGGUAAAGAUAAAUGACAAUUUUAUGAUUUACUAUUAUAUAAUGAAAGAAAAUGUUAAGCUA